AUGUCAUCCCGACCUUCUCGCUCGGCAUCUCUGAAACGCCACAACAGACAGAAGGCACCCAAAGUCCCGAGCAGUUCCUACUACUUGGGUUAUGUGGAAGAUGAUGAAACCAUCGAAAUGAUUAUGAAAAAGUUCGAAGAAUUAGAGAAAAUUAAACAAAACCAUCAUGCAUCCUCCUCAUCUUGCUCACAAAAUCAUCAUGAUGAUUCAUCAUGCUAUCUCAAUGAAGAACAACAAGAGGAAUUAUUCAAACGAACCUCUCAUCAUUCCAUUCAAUCGAAUAUUUAUGCAGAAAUUAUGAGAAAUUUUGAUACCACUCUCGGAAUAAGUGAAGAAGAAGAAUUGGAAGAAUCCGAUCACUCUUCCGAUGAUGAAGAUUAUCAAGAGGAUGAAGAAGAUGCUUUUGAUGAGUGCAUUUCAGAUGAUGACAAUUAUGAAGAAGAAGAAGAAUUAGAUCAUGAUUUUGAAGAAGAAAAUGCUGAACUGCCACUUGAUUCCAUGAAUCAUGAUCGUUUUCAUUCGGAAGAAGAAUUCUUAUCCAUGACAGAGGAGGAAGAGGAUUCGAACAACGAAUCGAAUGAAAAAACGAAACGAACAAAAAAAAAGAGAAAAACAAGUCAGAGAAAAUCCAAUCGAAAAUCACAUCAUCAAGAUUCAACAACUUGUGCUUCACACGCCAUGAGAGACAUUUCCAUGCUCUUAGAUCCUAAUAUGAAUUUCCUCAAAAUGAUGGAAUCCUCGCACAAAUCCACAAAUUUAGGAACCCCAAAAAAAAAGAAAUCCACAGAAAUUGUGACCAUUCCAACCUCAAACAAAAUAUUGAGUGCAUGGGCAAAAAUGAUUCGACCCAUUACUUUGGAAGAAUGUGAUUUGUGUAAAAUUUCACCAACCUCAACAAUUAUUUCGUCGAAAAUCUCUUCGAAAAUGAUUGUGAAAAGAAAUGAUCAUCAAGACAACCAUCAACACGAUGCAUGCCAUCAAUCUUUAGGCAUGGUUUAUCACAUUCAAACCACAGAAGAGGUCAUUAUUACACAUGAUUUACUCAAUUUCAAUUUUCAAGAAAUUUCCAAUCAAAAGGGUCCAUUUGAGGGCAUCUUAAUUGAUCCUCCCUAUGACUCGAUACAAGUGGAAGAUUUAAAAAAACUUCCUCUCGACAAGGAAUGGUUCAUUUCGAAAGGUUACUGCUUUAUUUGGGUCGAAAAAGAAUUCACUGUCCAAAUCAUCAAAAUUAUGAAAGAAUUCAAUUUUGAUUAUGUGGACAGUAUGUGUUGGGUGAGAGAACAAUUGAAUCAAUCCUUCUCUACUGCACCUUCUUUGUUAUUUCCCAAAUCCAAACUUUCUCUUUUUAUAUUUAGAAAAAAGAACAACCUUACCAAAUCCAUGCAUCUCAAGCAUCAACGAAAUGCUGAUGUUGUGUUUGAUUUUGAGAAGGAAAAUCCAAGAGAAAGACCUUCCAUUGUGUUUCAUGUGAUUGAGACAUUACUUUUUUCUUCGAAUAGUUUUUUAGAGUUAUGGGGUGAAGGUUGUUACAAACAUUGCAAACAAAAAACUCCCUCGAAAUGGACAAUUAUUAAGGAAAUAUCUUGA